CUGGAGCAAUAUGCGUCUGGUACAGCCCACACUUGGAGGAGAGAGUUCCAUCAAUUGGAGAUAUGCCAACCAAGGUAGGACACAGAAAGUCCAAGCACCGACUUGCAUCUUUGACAAUCUACAGGAAUCAGCCUCAUGAACCUGGCCUCUCGGGAAUUCAAUGCUGCUUCCCAAGAUGAUCGGGAUACUUCGGAUUUGCUCACACGUCGGCUCUACCUUCAUGGCAUCGCGUACCUCCUCCAAGGACUUCCCGGUAAUCUCACAGAUGAAGAAGCGUUGAGCCUCCGCUACGUCAUGCCGCAAAGUCUGAUGGAUACUCUAGUCAACCACCCUCAAGGUUGCACUGGAAGCAUGGUCACUGGACAGAGAGAACCCCAGCAAUCUUCAUCGAUCCUCCAACGCAUUAUCGCGGGAAUCGUUGUCCAGAUGUUUAUCAUAACGCAAUUGCUAUUGCCGUAUGUUAGAUUGCUCGUGGGACAGGCCUAUCGGUGGGAGUGCCAGCACAAGGCGGGUCAGCGGCUUGUGUGCACCGGCAUCAGAGCUGCGAAGGGGGUUGGCCGCAGGACCCUGCAAGUUUCUCAAGCAGUCCGCCAGAUGAACGAUGGAAAGGUGGGAUGGGCUAUUGAUGAGGCUGCACUUUGGUGGAUCCAAGGGUUGAUUGGAGGUAUCCAGCAACGAAUUUCAGGAGUCAAGCUCAUUACGAUGGAUGAAACAUAUAUGGCGUCGUCCGCCAAGACGGAAUAGUCUGUCAACGUUAUAGAUUUCCAUCUAACCGGGCCCCGACGGGUC